AUGACCACCACACUGGUACUUGACGCCCCGUCCCCACCGAUGCUGCCACGAAUCUGCUCAAAAUCCCGCUGCAAAAAGAUACUCCCACCAGAGUCCGAAUACACCUUCAAGACAUGCGAGAAGUGUCGGGCCUGCGUGCGUAAGUCGAAGGCGAAGGCGAAGACUGCCGAGGCAGAGGCUCGGGCUGAGCGUAAGCGCAAACGAGGCGUGGAUGGCGAAGACGUUGAUUUGGAUUCCGGCGAUGAAUAUGAGAAUGCGCAGAACACCACAACAUUCCAACGCUUCGACUCCGCCCAAGCCCUUCUCGCUACCUUACAGAAAACAUUCCAACACUCGGCCAACAUCCGGUUCAGCGGCUCUUAUGAUCAUGAGAUCCCAACUGCCGACGUAUCGGUGCCAAUGACGGACAAAGAGCGCAUCGUAAUGCUAGCAAAUGAAGUGUGGAAAGUGACCGGUUAUCGAUUCACCGUCCACGACCACGAAACCUUACCCACAGGCCACAAAACCCGCUUCUGGUGCUCCCAGGACCGCGCCCGGAAAAAGAAACCCAAGAAGGCGAAGGACUCAGAACCCGACGUCAAACGGCGCGAUAGUACCGAGGGGAUGCAACGAUUCGACUGUGCCAGUCGUCUGAGUAUCACCUGUCGCAGGGGUUCGAGUCCCGCCCUUCGACUCGUUACGCUCAGUAUCGAUCACCAUGCUCGCCAUACGGAGUACUGCGAUGGGAGGACGCUGCCCGAGGUCCGAACUGCUCUCAUUCCAGACACACACCUGAGUAUGACAACCCAAACUUCAUCGCCUCAUCAUCCCACAAACUCAAGCUCGAAUCACACGCCAACGUCAAUACCCAACUAA